AUGUCUCGUGAUAAAAGCGUUUGGUUUGCAGAAGAGAUAUUGUUAGACGCAAAACUAAUUAAUUUUCAGUUGGAGACUGGAGAAUGGGAUGCCGUGGAAGAAAUGCUACGUGCUGAAGCACAGUUAUCCAGAGAUGCUGAGACCGGGCGAUUAAGACCUAAAAAAGCAUCAGAGUAUACUUUGCGCUUGAUAGCAGAAGUCCUUCAUAUUAUGAGGCUUGAUGUUGAACAGGCUUCAUACAACCGAAGCACACUUGCCGUUGCCGAGCAAUGCCUGCGCCUCGUCCGCUCUUGUGCAGCAGCGGGCACCAAAAUGCAAACAUACAUCUCGAAAGAACUGUCCAUACUUGACUCUAUGCUUAUAUUAGCUACAGAAUACCAGCAUCCCAGUGUUGAAAUACUUAAUGAAGAGCUGCAAAAGAAAUUCGAAACCUGUAUGACUGUGCUCAUACAGACGCUCGGAAAUCUCGUAGUCAACAAUCCCUUUAAUCAGAUUAUGAUUUGGAACAAAUUCGAUGCCAUAAUUUUGAAUUGUUUGGUCGGCCAAAAUGAUAAAAUUGCUUCGUCUGCUGCCAUGAUAGUUUACAAUAUACUUUUGGGUCAACCGAACGUCUUGCCUGAUGAUGUUACUCUAUUAAAUUCAUUAGCAUAUAUGUAUAAUAAUGGCAAUGUUGAAUACCCACAUUUGAUUAUAGAGUAUCUAAUAGGGGUGGAGAACACUUACAUAGAAAGAUUAUAUUCCAAAUUAGAACCUGAAUGCCGCAUGCUGGUGUUGAACCUUGCCUAUAACAUUUUAAUGUCGACGGAAUCACAAGAUAUAAAUGUGUCUGUCAAUUUUGUUAAGUUCAUGGCUCACGAAUUUAAAAGUAAAUCUGAUUGUAUCCUAAAGACGGUUGAUAAAUAUGUAAAUAGUAUAGAACCCCAAGAGGUUGUGUUUCUCCUUGAAAUAAUAGCCACUGCUUCUAGUAUGGAUGCUUACAUGGACUGUUUGCAAAGUGAUACAUCUCUGUUUAUAAACUGUGCUUUCUUACUUCGGGCCAUCCACAAGCUUGGAAAAGAAAGCAACAAUUUUUUUUCAUCAAUCAACAAACUAUAUGAGGCAACUGGUAAACAUCUGAUCAAUGACGAGAAUAUAUCUGCAAGUAUCCCGCCAGAAAUUCCCCUCUGCAAGAAUGAUUCGGCGGACAACAUGCUUUCAUGCAAUGAAACAACAUCCGAAUGCACCGAAUCUGAGAGCAGCGAGCAGUACUUCGAAUGCAACGAAAACCCACCUUACUUAGAUAAAAUAGACACACUGAACACCCUGGACAAUUUGCAAGCGCCCUUAAAGUUCCUCGACACCAUGCCAGACCCCAAAAGCCGGAGUCCGGACUGCAAUCCCAACGUAAAAAUCGACAAUGACCUGACGAAGGUCGCGUUCAAACGAAGCAGCUCCGUUCCGAAGACGGACGACCGCAUCUCAUUGCCGACCAGAAGGAUAAGCCUCGAGCACAAGAUCGACAUAGGCGAUGACAACGAGCCCCCGUUAAUAAUCGAUUCGCAGUCACCGUCCGCCAGUAUGAACACUAUAGCGGAGGUCAUCCCAGUGGGGCUCCAGCCACGAUUAGACUUGCAAGAGAGCAGCAGGACGGAAUCCCAAGACAGCUCACCGAACGACCCGCCCACGGAAAUACACAUGCCGCGAGACGACCUCAAAGAGGUAAAGGCAUCGCCGAGCGAGAUAUCCCCACCGCUAUCCGAAGCCCCACCCGAGGCCGAGUCUCAGAAACAAUCGCCGGACACGCCGAAGGAGGUCAAAAAGAGUCAGAACCUAUCGACCGAUUUCGACCUCAGCGAGCAGCUGCAGAAAAUUCUGGGCAUAUCGUCGGAGAAGACUCGCAACGACACCGCCAAUGUAGAGAAGAAAUCCGAACCGACGAAGGAGGUCAAGAUAACUGAAGACAGUGCGACAAAUAAAAUACCAUCGGUGAAAAUCGACUCGCCCGAAACACAGAAAACACGGCUUGGAGCGAUAGACAUGACGACGCCCAAAAAGGCGGUAACUUCUGUUGAGACGGUAGAACGCCACGUCGCGUUUGGUUUCAAGGCAGCUUUAGUUAGGACACUGGCUAACUUAUGUUGGAAACAUCAGGAAAACAGAAAACAGAUGCGUGAAUUAGAAGUGAUACCCGUGCUUCUUGAUUGUUGCAAUAUCGACGCGCGCAAUCCCCUAAUUAUGCAAUGGGUCAUAUUUGCUGUGCGUAAUUUAUGUGAAAAUUGUCCAGAAAACCAGGAGGUGAUAUCAAGAAUGACUCUUCAAGGCCCUGUAGACAAUGAGUUAAAAUGUGGUAGUUGCGGUGAAAUUUCAGAGAAGUUUCACGAUCUUACAGAAGCUGAAAAAGUUCCACAGAAACAUAAUAGGUCAGAGACCAACUUGCUUAUUAAAUGCAAGUUGUGCUCCAGGGAAAACAGUAUAGAUGUUAUAGAGGGGAGCAAUGGUGUCUUUACAAACAAUGAUGUUGGAAAAUUUAAGACUAUUGUAAUUUUUGACUGUCGAGGAAUAGAGCCAGUAGAUUUUGAGCCAAAAUCUGGAUGGAUAGCAGAGGCAGAAGAUGAUGGCAAAAAAUUUGAAGAUGUUGAUUUAUCCGAGAAAGAAUGGUCAAAUAACUGUCCCGCUGGCUUGAAAACAAUAGGAAAUUACCAUACUGUGACCAUC